CCAAUAAUGAUAAUGCAUUUUAUAGUUAAUAUUAUCAGCAAAGAAGAUUAUCGCUGUGAUAGCGUUAAUCUUCUUUGUUAUCAGUAUUAUCAUAUCUUUGGAACCAUUAAAAAGUGAAGAGAACUACCUAAGUGAAAAUUAAAUAGCAUAGUUUGUGGAAAUAAACAUUUUGAAAUGUCUCAAAAAGUGGAUUGGGCAAAGUAUGUUUCAGAAACCGAGAAGAAUCUGACCGGCCUAAUUGCAACAGUGGACAUAACAGGUACUGAUGAAUCAAAGAGACAGAACUCACAGCAGACUGAUGGCGAAUCCACUUUGUUGAAACUAGUAGUAACAUACAUAAAUCAUAGAAAAAAACAUUUCGAAAUGUCUCAGAAAGUAGAUUGGGCAAAGUAUGUUUCAGAAACCGAGAAGAAUCUGACCGGCCUAAUUGCAACAGUGGACAUAACAGGUACUGAUGAAUCAAAGAGACAGAACUCACAGCAGACUGAUGGCGAAGUUCCCGAACAAUUUAGCCCAGCAGAGGCAAGUCUUCUAGCAAAAAUAAUUCGAAAAGGUUUAAUAGAGAACAAAAACAAUAUUGAAGUACAAAGGAUGGAUCCAAAGUCACCACUGUAUUCAAUCAAGUCCUUUGAAGCCUUGAAUCUGAACCCCAACUUACUCAAAGGGGUUUUUGAGAUGGGCUUCAAUGCACCUUCAAAAAUUCAAGAAACAGCUCUACCCACCCUUCUAGCUGACCCUCCCCAGAAUUUGAUUGCUCAGUCACAGUCAGGAACAGGUAAAACAGCUGCAUUUGUUCUAGCUAUGUUAAGCAGAGUAGUUGUUGAUAAAAAAUAUCCACAAGUACUAUGUCUCUCUCCUACCUAUGAACUUGCAAUUCAAACUGGUGAAGUGGCAGCACACAUGGCAAAGUUUUGUCCAGAGAUUGAGAUGAAAUUUGCAGUAAGGGGUGAGGAAGUGCCAAGAAAUUCUAAAUUAACUGAGCACAUUAUUAUUGGUACUCCAGGGAAGGUCCUAGAUUGGGCUCUGAAGUUCAGGGUAUUUGAUUUACAAAAAAUCAAUGUAUUUGUGCUUGAUGAAGCAGAUGUUAUGAUUGCUACACAAGGCCAUCAAGAUCAAUGCAUCAAAAUCCACAAGAACUUGAGUUCUACUUGUCAAAUGAUGUUCUUCUCUGCCACUUAUGACCAAGAAGUAAUGGAUUUUGCUGAGCACAUUGUUAAAAAUCCCAUCACCAUAAGGUUGAAGAGAGAAGAAGAAAGUCUAGAUAAUAUCAAACAAUAUUAUGUGAGAUGCAGGACCCCAGAAGAAAAAUACAAUGCUGUCACUAACAUAUAUGGUACAGUAGGAAUAGGCCAAGCUAUUAUUUUCUGUCAUACCAGAAAAACAGCUGCUUGGUUGUCUGAGAAAAUGUCCAAGGAUGGACAUGCAGUAGCAGUUUUAUCAGGAGAUUUGACUGUAGAACAGAGAAUAAAUGUUUUAGAUAGAUUCAGGCAGGGCCAAGAAAAAGUACUGAUCACCACUAAUGUGUUAUCAAGAGGAAUAGAUGUAGAACAGGUGACCAUUGUUGUGAACUAUGAUUUACCUAUUGAUCUUGACAGAAAAGCAGACUGUGAAACUUACUUGCAUAGAAUAGGUCGUACUGGAAGAUUUGGCAAGCAGGGUAUUGCUAUCAAUCUAGUGGAUUCUGAAGAAGCAAUGGCUGUUUGUAAAGCUAUUGAAAGCCACUUUGAUAAGAAAAUUAGUUAUUUGAAUGCUGAAGAUUCAGAUGAAAUUGAAAAAAUUGGGAAUUAGUGUUGAUUAAAAUGAGAAAUUCAUUUUUAAUGUUUUGUUUUCUAUAUUUAUAUAUAUAAAAUAAAUGCAUUAUAGGGUUAGGAGAAACUCACUGAUGAGAGUAUGUUUGAGGAGAAUAUUUUUAUUUAAUUAGAAUACAUUU